CACCAUACUGGGAAGAACCAGCGUCACCUGUGUUCCUUAAGAUCCUGCUGGCACACGUUAGCUCUGCAAUUCCUUUGGAGAAUAGGACAGUUCUGACCAAAGCUGAGCAUAUGCCUCUCUGCUCUAGCUAUGGUGAAGCCUGACCCUGGAUGUCGGCCUGGCAUCAAGGAGCAGUGGUGAGGGCAGGUCUUGAGAACAAACACCUUGCAGGACCCCUGCCACAGGCGAGUCCAGGUAAAGAAGAACAAGAAGAGUAAAGAGAGAUGCUGCGGGUUCCAGCUUCCUGGACAAUCUCGCCUUCCCCAUGAGAGCCUGCACUUUCAGAGUCUGCUGCAUGGGAGCCUGCAAGCUCCUGCCUGUCCUCUUCAUUCCAGAGCCCAACAUGAAUGGAUACGCGGAAUUUCCCCCCAGCCCCAGUAACCCCACCAAGGAGCCCAUGGAGCCCCAGCCCAGCCAGGUCCCACUUCAGGAAGAUGUGGACAUGAGCAGUGGCUCAAGUGGACAUGAGACCAACGAAAACUGCUCCACGGGGCGGGACUCGCAGGGCAGUGACUGUGACGACAGUGGGAAGGAGCUGGGGAUGCUGGUGGAGCCACCGGAUGCCCACCAGAGUCCAGAUGCCUUUAGCCUGAUGAUUACAAAAUCUGAACACAACCCAUCUACAAGUGGCUGCAGUAGCGACCAGUCUUCGAAAGUGGACACACACAAAGAACUGAUAAAAACACUAAAGGAGCUGAAGGUUCACCUCCCUGCAGACAAGAAGGCCAAGGGCAAGGCUAGUACGCUGGCCACCCUGAAGUACGCCCUCAGGAGUGUGAAGCAGGUGAAAGCCAACGAAGAGUAUUACCAGCUGCUGAUGUCCAGCGAGGGUCACCCCUGUGGAUCAGACGUGCCCUCCUACACUGUGGAGGAGAUGGAGAGCGUUACCUCUGAGCACAUUGUGAAGAAUGCCGAUAUGUUUGCUGUGGCCGUGUCCCUGGUGUCUGGGAAGAUCUUGUACAUCUCUGACCAGGUUGCAUCCAUAUUUCACUAUAAAAGAGAUGCCUUCAGCAACGCCAAGUUUGUGGAGUUCCUGGCGCCUCACGAUGUGGGCGUGUUCCACAGCUUCACCUCCCCAUACAAGCUUCCCUUGUGGAGCGUGUGCAGCGGAGCAGAUUCUUUUACUCAAGAAUGUAUGGAGGAGAAAUCUUUCUUUUGCCGUGUCAGUGUCGGGAAAAGCCACGAGAACGAAAUCCACUACCACCCCUUCCGCAUGACGCCCUACCUGGUCAAGGUGCGGGAGCAACAAGGUGCUGAGAGUCAGCUUUGCUGCCUUCUGCUGGCAGAGAGAGUGCACUCUGGUUAUGAAGCCCCUAGAAUACCUCCUGAAAAGAGAAUUUUUACAACCACCCAUACACCAAAUUGUUUGUUCCAGGAUGUGGAUGAAAGGGCGGUCCCUCUCCUGGGCUACCUACCUCAGGACCUGAUUGAGACCCCAGUGCUCGUGCAGCUCCACCCUAGUGACAGGCCCUUGAUGCUGGCCAUCCACAAAAAGAUCCUGCAGUCGGGCGGGCAGCCUUUCGACUACUCUCCCAUUCGGUUUCGCACCCGGAACGGGGAGUACAUCACGCUGGAUACAAGCUGGUCCAGCUUCAUCAACCCAUGGAGCAGGAAAAUCUCCUUCAUCAUUGGGAGGCACAAAGUCAGGGUGGGCCCUUUGAAUGAGGACGUGUUUGCAGCCCACCCUUGCACGGAGGAGAAGGCCCUGCACCCCAGCGUUCAGGAGCUCACGGAGCAGAUCCACCGGCUCCUGCUGCAGCCCGUCCCCCACAGCGGCUCCAGUGGCUACGGGAGUCUAGGCAGCAACGGGUCCCACGAGCACCUCAUGAGCCAGACCUCCUCCAGCGACAGCAACGGCCACGAGGACUCACGCCGGAGGAGAGCUGAAAUUUAUAAAAAUGGUAACAAGACGAAAAAUAGAAGUCUUUAUUCUCUUGAAUCUGGAGAACAAAAGAAAAAUUCCGUUACAGAAAUGCAAACUAAUCCCCCAGCUGAGAUGAAAGCUGUCCCUGCCGUGGAAAAGGACAGCCUGGGGGCCAGCUUCCCCGAGGAGUUGGCCUGCAAGGACCAGCCCACCUGCUCCUACCAGCAGAUCAGCUGCUUGGACAGCGUCAUCAGGUACUUGGAGAGCUGCAAUGAGGCUGCCACCCUGAAGAGGAAAUGCGAGUUCCCAGCAAACGUCCCAGCGCUAAGGUCCAGUGAUAAGCGGAAGGCCACAGUCAGCCCAGGGCCACAUGCCGGAGAGGCAGAGCCGCCCUCCAGGGUGAACAGCCACACGGGAGUCAGCACGCACCUGACCUCGCUGGCACUGCCGGGCAAGGCAGAGAGUGUGGCAUCGCUCACCAGCCAGUGCAGCUACAGCAGCACCAUCGUCCAUGUGGGAGACAAGAAGCCGCAGCCGGAAUUAGAGAUGGUGGAAGAUGCUGUGAGUGGGCCAGAAUCCCUGGACUGCCUGGUGGGCCCUGGCCUGGCCUGUGGUCUCAGCCAAGAGAAGGAGCCCUUCAAGAAGCUGGGCCUCACCAAGGAGGUGCUCGCUGCACACACACAGAAGGAGGAGCAGAGCUUCCUGCAGAAGUUCAAAGAAAUAAGAAAACUCAGUAUUUUCCAGUCCCACUGCCAUUACUACUUACAAGAAAGAUCCAAGGGGCAGCCAAGUGAACGAACUGCCCCUGGACUAAGAAAUACUUCCGGAAUAGAUUCACCUUGGAGAAAACCAGGAAAGAACAGAAAACUGAAGUCCAAGCGGGUCAAACCUCGAGACUCAUCUGAGAGCACCGGAUCUGGGGGGCCCUUGCCCGCCCGGCCCCCACUCAUGGGCUUGAACGCCACAGCCUGGUCACCCUCGGACACGUCCCAGUCCAGCUGCCCGGCCGUGCCCUUUCCUGCCCCAGUGCCAGCUUAUUCCCUGCCGGUGUUUCCAGCGCCAGGGACUGUGGCGGCAACCCCCGCACCUCCCCAUGCCAGUUUCGCAGUGCCUGCGGUGCCCGUGGACCUCCAGCACCAGUUUGCAGUCCAGCCCCCACCUUUCCCUGCCCCUUUGGCCCCUGUCAUGGCAUUCAUGCUACCUGGUUAUUCCUUCCCCUCGGGGACCCCAAACCUACCCCAGGCCUUCUUCCCCAGUCAGCCUCAAUUUCCGAGCCACCCCACAAUCACAUCCGAGAUGGCCUCUGCCUCACAGCCCGAGUUCCCCAGCCGGACCUCGAUCCCCAGACAGCCAUGCGCUUGUCCAGGCACCCAGACCACCCCACCAUCGGCCAUGGGUAGAGCCUCCCCGCCACUAUUCCAGUCCCGCAGCAGCUCGCCCCUGCAGCUCAACCUGCUGCAGCUGGAGGAAGCCCCUGAGGGUGGCACUGGGGCCAUGGGGACCACAGGGGCCACAGAGACAGCAGUUGUGGGGGCGGACUGCAAACCUGGCACUUCUCGGGACCAGCAACCAAAGGCACCUCUGACCCGUGACGAACCCUCAGACACGCAGAAUAGUGACGCCCUUUCCACGUCAAGCGGCCUCCUAAACCUCCUGCUGAAUGAGGACCUCUGCUCAGCCUCGGGCUCUGCUGCUUCGGAGUCACUGGGCUCUGGCUCACUGGGCUGCGACACCUCCCCGAGUCGGGCAGGCAGUAGUGACACAAGUCAUACCAGCAAAUAUUUUGGAAGCAUUGACUCCUCAGAGAAUAAUCACAAAGCAAAAAUGAACACUGGUAUGGAAGAAAGUGAGCAUUUCAUUAAGUGCGUCCUGCAGGAUCCCAUCUGGCUGCUGAUGGCAGAUGCGGACAGCAGCGUCAUGAUGACGUACCAGCUGCCUUCCCGAAAUUUAGAAGCAGUUUUGAAGGAGGACAGAGAGAAGCUGAAGCUCCUGCAGAAACUCCAGCCCAGGUUCACGGAGAGUCAGAAGCAGGAGCUGCGCGAGGUCCACCAGUGGAUGCAGACGGGUGGCCUGCCUGCAGCCAUCGACGUGGCAGAAUGUGUUUACUGUGAAAACAAGGAAAAAGGUAAUAUUUGCAUACCAUAUGAGGAAGAUAUUCCUUCUCUGGGACUCAGCGAAGUGUCGGACACCAAAGACGACGAAAAUGGAUCCCCCUUGAAUCACAGGAUCGAAGAGCAGACGUAACCCCUGCCCCACCUCAGUCCAGCAGCCAGCAAGCUACACAGGUGGUGCUUGGAAGAGACGAAAGAUCUUCAUGGCUGUUUCCACUGAAAUGGACACAUACGCUCAUGUUGCUUUUUUUGUUUUAGAAAAAAAAAACAUAGUUUUCUGAAGGGGUGACUUAAAACUGGAGAGUGGCGAGGGUUUGGAAAGAAAUAUGUUUUUAUAUAUAAAAUAUAUAUGUAGAGUUUUGUGGGAUGGGAAGAGACUUUAGCUGUUAUUUAACUUGAGAAAGACUAAACGCCUCUUCGUGUCAGGGAAGUUGCCUCAGUGCUCCCAGAAGUCCUGUGACUGUGAUGAGACCUCUGUCUGCUGCACCAGUUGGGGACUCUGGCUUCCAGAGCUUUCCCAGGGUGUUUGGAUCAGAUCAAAUUUUGUCCUCUCUUGGGGACUGCUUUUUAUCUGAAUUAUCAUUUAGUCAAGGUAGAUUUUUUUUUUUUUUUUUUUUUACAUACCAAGUGGAGAUAGCAGCCUCUCCUAGUUUUCUUUCAAAACGUUUCACAUUACAUGGUGUGAAGCAUUGUUUGGCAAACCAACAGCUUUGGCUUCUGGUGUGGUCAAUAUUUCAAUCUGACAUAGCUUUUGUUUGUAGUGAACAAAGUUGAAACAUUUGCUCUGGACUAAAGAAGCCUAGUGGUUUGUGUGGCCACCUCCAUCGGAUGAAUGCACACGCAGACCCUCUGCAUAUUUCUGCAUCGUUCUUGUCUCCUUUUCAGACCAUGAUGGCUGAUACAGAGAUUGAAAUAUGUCAUCAGUCAUCUCUUUAUGGUGACUUCCCUCUGCAAACCAGGCUGUGACCAACACAUGUGGGACCCAGUCCUGUUUGGUCUUCUUCCGUUGGAGCCACCCAGACAUCAGCUUCCACCCAGCCAAGCCCACAUCACAUCUUCUGGCUGAGAGCAGCCACUGCCACUCAAUCCCACAGCUUGCAACUGCGUCUGUAUUUUCAGGGGUGCAGUGAGCUUACCUCUCCCGCUGCACCCUGGGUUGGGUGCCCAGCCCUCAUUCUUUUCAUGAGCCCGACCUCUCUCGGAGCAGCUUUAGGCCUCUGCCAGUGUCCCCAGCACUUUUAAGUCAUUUGGAUACUUGCGGAAAAGUGAGGCCAGUCUGCCCAACUUUUUACAAAACCUCAUGUUGCAUUGUAUAUUCCAAAGAUGGUUUGGAAAAUUUAAUAUUCAUCC